AUGUUAAAUACACUUCGCCAAGAACCUUAUGAAAAAGUAGAUUUUUAUGCAGAAAAAUUUAAAAGAUUGAUAAAGAAAGUUAACUCUUCUAAUGCCUUAUCAGAUAAAUAUACUGUGAGAAUUUUUCUUAAUGGAUUAAGAAAGAAUAUCAUCUCUCUCAUAGCAUUUAUUCAUCCUAAAAAUGUAGAUGAAGCUAUUAAAGCAGCUAAACAAGUUGAAAGAAAACCUGAUAGAAGAAAACCAAAAGAUGAUAGAAAUCUUACCAAAGUUUGGGAUAUCAAGAAUAAAGAAAAUUCUGUCUAUUUAACUUUUGCAUUUAAAGAAGAAUUUGAACCUAACCCAACAGUAUUUCUUGCUGAAACUUCUAAAGAAAAUAUUUGGAAAAUUAAAGAUGACAUUUAA